UGGGGUCCACUGGUGGUGCCACGGGGUUGGAUGGGGUUCAAGGGGCGGGUAGGGAGCGAUCUGGCGCUUCUAGCGGUGUAGAAGCAACUUCUCCCGCCACUCCCUUCACAGCAGCUGCGAAGUCGACGGGAGGGCGGGCGGGGAAGAGGUGUGACUGGCGGAUGCUGGCGCUGGCGGCCGCCACUCCGUUCCCCCUUUCCUCUUCGCCCCCACUGCGCCCGUCGCUGUUUCUGCGCCACGGAGCCGCGACGAGGCAGCGUGACGGCGGCGGGUCCAUUGGCGGGCUCGCUCGCGAGCCCGUUGGCGGGUUCGUCGGCGGGCAUGCUCACACGCGCGCUGGCGGGUCUGUCGGUGGGCUUGCUGGCGCUCUCGUUGGCGGGUCCGACGGCGGGUCCGUCGGCGGGUUUGCUGGUGGGUCCGUCGGCGUGCUUGCUGGCGGGUCUGAUCCUGGCGUUCCUGGUGCGUUCCUGGCGUGCGUGGUGGCGUGCGUUGCUGGUAGUGCGCGGGCGACGAGCUGA